GAGACAGUUAAAAGCCUAACUCCGCAGCCCAGCUCCAGGCCCUUAAGAGUGUGGGAACAAGCCACGGGCGCCCCUCCCCUCCAUGCGUGGCACCUUCUUUAGCUGUUAUUAGCAGCUCUGUUCAGACCUGGGUCCUGUUUAUUGGCGCUUCUGGAGGAAGUGAGAUUUAGUUGCAGUAUCUCGGAGUUCAUUGGUUUCUGUGUCUGUCAGUCACAGAGCUAGCUUUCUUCAGUUUUCAUUGGCUGGUGGAGCAGGGAGGCGGGGUUUGGUGGUAUUCUUAACAUGGCAGACAGUGGCGAAUGGCGGCCGCCGCGGCCUUGCGAGACCUACCGCGCCGAGUGGAAGCUCUGCCGCAGCGCCAGGCACUUCCUGCACCACUACUACGUACACGGCAAGCGGCCGGCUUGCGAGCAGUGGCUACGCGACCUGGCCAGCUGCCGCGACUGGGAAGAGCGCCGGACCGCUGAAGCCCAGCGAUCCCUGUGUGAGAGCGAGCAGGCGCGUGUGCAAGCUGCACGGAAGCACACCCUGGUGUGGGCCCUGAGGCAGAGUCCCCCUGCAGACUGGCACCUCCCUCUACCACAAGAGAAGGACACAUGACAAGCACCCCUGCCCUUGGCCCGUGUGGCUUCCUCAAGUCUGCUUCAAGUGGGGCUAUAACCGUCCCAAACACUCUAGUGCGUCCCUGUGAGCUCCUGCCUGAAACAUAGAGCAGGACAUCUCCAGCUCCACCGCCCAUCCCUCACCUGCAUCGGGGAAUGCUGCUGCCACCACAAGUCUCUGAGAGACAAUUGAGGCCACUCCACAGCUUCCAGGAAACCAAGUGCUGUGGAAGGUACCCAUGAACAGCCAGGGCAGGCUGGCUCAGACCUUUCAACCCCAACGAGAGCACCACAGGUGGUAGUCUUGACGGGUAGAUUCUCAGAUAUAUUCUUGAGUGGUGGAUCCGACCUGCAGGGACACGUGACUGGGUUAGAACGAGGUGGUAAGAGUUGUGCUACUGUGAACACCUCUUCCUAUCCUUGGGAAACAAGUUACCACAUCCCAGGCUUGGUGACUACCAAAUAUUGCCAGCCCCUGGCAUCCAAGUAGGGAGCUCACACUCUGCUCCGUUUCACUGCAGAGGUAGAUGGAGUAAUGCCAAGCAGACAGGCCUCACUACCCCUCUGCACCAGCACACUUCACUAAAGGCUCCCAGUGAGGCAUUCAGAGACUCUGGGGUUUUUUGUUCUUGUUUUUUUGUUUGAUUCUUUGACAGUGUCUAGCUGUAUAUUCCAGGUCAGCCUGGAACUCACUGUGUAGCCACAUUGGCUUCAAAC